UUAUAUUUAAAUUUUAUAUUUUUAUUUUUUAUAUAAAAAUCCAGGCGUAAUCAAAGAGUUUGAGCAACAUGUUAAAAACAUGAAGGCAGCCAACAACGAGGGAUUCAUCAAUGAAUUUGAUGGUUUGUCGGAUGUCGGUAUUGAUCAGAGCUCCUCGUUCGGGCGAAAGCGCGAGAACAAGAAGAAGAAUCGAUAUCAGAACAUUGUUCCAUAUGAUGGUAAGUGUGUGAUGUUGGAGGAAUUGGCAGGAAUGAGCAAACUGGAGACAGAAUAUAUAAACGCGACAUGCAUAGAUGGGUUUGAGAGGCGUGAUUCGUACAUCGUAGCACAAGGUCCGUUGCCGGCGACUUGCCAUGACUUCUGGCGUAUGGUGUGGUUGAAAGAGCCUUCAGCCAUUGUGAUGCUGACUCGAACAGUUGAGAAUGGGAAGAACAAAUGCAAGCAAUAUUGGCUUGAUAACGAACCUGUGCAUUACGAUGGUCUCACAAUUGAAGUCGAAUCCAUUACAGACUUAGCCGACUAUACAGUUAGACUGAUAAAGAUGACUUUGUUGGACGAGAAGCGAAGCAUAAAACAUUAUCACUUCAAGAGCUGGCCUGAUCACGGUGUCCCCAUGUAUGCGACCGAUUUGUUGGGACUUCUCUAUCGAGUGCGACGAGACACAAGCGGGUCACCAUCUCCUCUGCUUGUACACUGCAGUGCGGGUGUUGGUCGGUCGGGAACGUACGUGACGAUUGAUUUUAUAGUUGAUUGCUUGAACUUGAAGCCAACACAGAAGAUCGACGUCUGCAGGGUUGUUACAGACUUGAGGAUGAGCCGCAAGGAAAUGGUGCAGAGUGUGUUGCAAUAUAGUCUUAUCCACGAGGCCAUCGUCGAAGCUUAUUACACUCAGAAAAACAGUUUGUUGGCGUCUGAGUUCCGUAACGAGUUUUUGAGUAUCGCAUCCAUGCAGGUGGGUGGUGGAAGGAUUGGUGAGGAGCAUAAGGCAUUGCUACGACUGAGUUCGUGUCCUGAUGAGUCGGAUUAUAUGUCCGCACUGUUGCCGACGGUGUUGAGGAGGAAGAAUCGAACGUCGCAGUUUCUUCCUCCCGAUUCGGUUCGUGUCAUGUUGCAUGUUGAUGACGACUCACUGGAUGCAGAUUACGUGAACACAGAGGAAGGAGCGGACUACAUCAAUGCAAGUUACGUCAAUAGUUAUUCUGCUCGUAAAGCAUUCAUCGUCACUCAGGCUCCUCUUCCCUCAACAAAGAUCGACAUGUGGAAGAUGGUCUACGAACAGAACGUGACCGCCAUUGUCAAUCUUGCACAACACGAUGAACAUGACAUCUAUUGGCCCGAGUCGGGAUCAUGUACAUACGGGCAUUUGAAAGUCAAAACGACAUCCGUAGAGUUGAAAAAUGCAUUUUUGGUGUACAGACUUCACUUGACGAAGAAUAUGGACGAACGUGACAUCACACUUUUUCACUAUACAGCUUGGCCGGUAGAUGGCACGCCGUCUAAUGUCAGGGGACUCUUUAGAAUGAUGAGUGAGCUCGACCAGUGGCAGAAACGGCACAGUGGAUGUCGCAUUGUUGUCCACUGCUGCACCGGGAUGGGACGUUCGGGUGUAUUCUGUGCGACCUACAAUGUGCUGGAGCAAGUGCAGAAUGAGGGUGUAGUCAACAUACUUCAUGUUGCCAAAUUCCUUUGCAACCAGCGGCCGGGGAUAAUCCAGACACUGGAGCACUAUCACUCGAUCUACAGCCUCGUUGAUCACUACUUGCGGUCCGAUACAAUCUACUCUAAUGUGAAGUGAGAAGAUAGGAAAACAGUGAUCAGUGAUAGCAACAGCAACAGUCGCUAUCAUUUCGGUGGACAUUUUGUACAGUUACGAAUCGAGUUGUAAAUGUCUUGUGUAUUGAUUGUUGGAGUGUGGGUUAUGGGUUAUGCUAUGUAGACAAAGAAAUAGUUUAGUGUUGCUUAGUUAAUUAAGCAUGCUUUGUAGUGCAAUGUUUGUACUGUAAAUAGCUGGAUGUUGUACAUUGCAAGAAUUGUUGUGAUUUUUGUAAAAAUAGUCGCUGGAUAUGAACCCAGCAGAAUCGA